AUGGCGUUUCGAGGCGAACGGUUCGUCGUCGACCUGGACGAUGAUACUAUUACUGUCCCAAGUGAUCCCGUUCCAUCGCCCUUCUCUCUGAUCGGUGAGAUUCGUGAACGAGAGCCCACUGCCGCCACACCGCCUGCCCCGGCACCGCCGUCGUCCGCCUCUUCCACCGGGUUCCCCGCGCACCGCCGUCGCAAUAAGACACCCUCCUUUAAAGAGCGUCGAGCCGAGCAGAAAGAAGCAGCGAGCGUGCCUCCUGCUUCAUUGAACGCUCCACCCACGGUCCAGGAUGACAAGCGCACUAUCGGAGAGGAGAACAAACGCCAUCUGGCGUCCAUGUCGGAGGCACAGAUUAAGCAGGAGCGGGAAGAGCUGAUGGAAUCGAUGGAUCCGGGUCUGCUCGAACGAUUCCUGCGACGAGCUCGGAUUGACGAAGACGAAAAAACUACUCUCGAGACUGCCGAGUCUACAUCCACACCGGCACCGGCACCGGCGCCGACAGAGGAAGCACCAGCCGCAUCAAAGCCCCGGAAAUCAGUCUCCUUUGACAUCCCACCCCCAGCGUCAACCACAGCUCGAGUACCAGUCUCACCAAAACCCUCCACUCCAUCAAAAUCGUCCGCUAGCGACGACCGUGCCCCAACCCACCUCCCAAAAGACCUCCUACCCGCCUCCGAAAAACCCCCCAUCAUGGACCCCUCCGUCAUUGAAACCUUCCACUUCCCCCGCCCAAAACAACCCAUGCCAGUCUUAGACCCAUCAUCCCCAGAUUUCCUCACAGACCUUCAAUCCCACUACUUCCCCGAAAUGACUACCGACCCUGCAGCCCUCUCCUGGCUACGCCCCCCAUCCAGUGACGCCGAAGACCCCGAUUCGAUUUCCCCGUAUCACCCCGCUAGCAGCGCGGUCUCGAUGUCUCCCUCCGAGAUUCGGUUCUCGCUGCGCGGAACGAUCCUAGGACCUUCGACUUCGCUGGCGUUACCUACCACGCUGGGUUUGCAUCAUCAUGGCAAUGAUCCGCAGGCAGCGGGGUAUACGAUUCCGGAACUGGCGAUCCUGUCGCGGUCUACGUUCGCAGCUCAGCGGUGCAUAGCAUGGCAGGUCAUGGGUCGGAUAUUGUUCCGACUGGGAAAGGGAGAAUUUGGGGAACGCGGGGGUCAAUUAUCUGAGGGUCUAUGGUUUUGUAUUGAGAAGGAGGGGAUUGUGGGAGGCAUGUUGGCCGAAGCAGAGGGUGUUUCCGGACAGGACCGCAUUCGUGGAAAGGGAGAUAACGAAAAGAAGGAGGAGGUCGAGAGUGAGAACGGUAACGAGAAGAAGGAGGGUGAAACGGAUCGUCCGGUCCUGCCUGUUGCAUCGGGAAUUGGACGGCAUGCGAGUGCAGCUGCUUGGGCGAUGGAAAGCGUAUGGUUAUGGCAGAAGGGUGGAGGAGGAGAUCGAGGACUCCUUAGGCCGGGCCAGACUCGACCUCGAUAG